CCGCCCAACAAAUCGCGGACGGAUUAUUUUGUGUGUGCGAAAAAUUUUGCUGCUGCUCGGUUUCGGGUGCGUUUGGGGUGGCCAAGGAAAAAAAAAAUCUUCGCCAGGAAAAGUGGUUCCGCGCGUCACGGGGUCCAAGGUGCACUUCCGGUUUGGGGUGAGAUUUGCUAGGUGGGAAACGCAAGGUUGGUUUUUUCCGCAACAAACAAGAACACGGAACAUUUUCGCCUGAUAAUCUCGUGCAGCGGGUCGGUUCUGGGACCUGUCAGACGAAGGGACGAAGUGACCAGCGGAGGAACGACGUACACCGUGUUUGUGUGUGCGUGUUUGCGCAAGAGAAAGAACUGCACGGAGGAAAAAGGAAGAUAAAAGUGGACAUCCUCGCUUCAAGAAGGCAGAGCUUCAAUCCGGAACUUGCGGGGAAUCGACGCCGCGUUUUUGGUGGACUUGUUCUAGUACGCGAUUUUCGGUGUUGAACCUCCCUGUUCCCUCCACGUUCCCCAACAUUCUCUUGCUCAUUCUGGCCCAGGUCUCCGUGGCCACUGCCUGCCUGCCAUCGUCGCCGUGCCGUUGCCGUGCAAGUGUUUGCAAAGUUACGCGAAAUAUGUGCUGUUGAAAGGUACAAGAGAAGAGCUCUCCUUCCUGAUCCCGUGGUGUGGCAGCAGAGAAGAAAAUCAACAAUCGAAAACGGGAAGAAUCUUCCGAGUGACCCAAGAGAUCCCGUGUUUCCGGAGCGAAAGAUUAGUAGCACCUUCUCGACGCACAGUUGAACGGACAGGUGAAUUCGCGAGUCUCGAGGCGCCAGCGCAGUUGGAGUUCAAUGUUGACCUGGUGAACGCGUGAAACCGCCAACACCAGGAUAGCAGCAGCAGAAGCAGAAUCGAAAGCGUGAGAGUUUGAAGAAACGACGACGAAACCGACCCAGCCGAGAUGGGUGCGUUCCUGGAGAAACCGAUGACGGCCAAGCACAAUGAGCACGGCGAAGGAAACGGGCUGCGUUACGGCGUGGGUUCGAUGCAGGGCUGGCGCUGCGAGAUGGAGGACGCACACUACGCCAAAACCGGGCUCGGCGAAGCCCUCGAGGAUUGGAACUACUUUGCGGUGUUUGACGGGCACGCCGGCCACAAGGUCGCGGACCAUUGCGCCAAGAAUCUGCUGCAGUCGAUCAUCCGGACACAGGAAUUUAGCAAUAACGAUAUUACGCGAGGUAUUCACGCCGGCUUCCUCAAGCUGGACCAAACGAUGCGGGACAUUCCGGAGCUGGCAUCCGGGGCGGACAAGUCCGGCACGACCGCGGUCUGUGUGUUCAUCUCGACGCGGCACGUCUACAUAGCCAACUGCGGUGACUCGCGGGCCGUCCUCUGUCGCAACGGUCAGCCGCUGUUCUCGACCCAGGACCACAAACCGAUCCUGCCGGGCGAGAAGCAACGCAUCCAGAACGCCGGCGGUUCCGUCAUGAUCCAGAGGGUGAACGGCAGCCUGGCCGUGUCGCGGGCACUCGGCGAUUACGACUUUAAAAACUCCAAGGAUUUGGGCCAGUGCGAGCAGCUGGUGUCGCCGGAGCCGGAAAUCUUCUGCCAGGACCGGGACCCGGCCGACGAGUUUCUGGUGCUGGCCUGCGACGGCGUGUGGGACGUGAUGAGCAAUGCCAACCUUUGCCAGUUUGUGCACAGUCGGAUGCUGAUCUCGGACAACCUGGAGGACAUUGCGAAUCAGGUGAUCGACACGUGCCUGCACAAGGGCAGCCGCGACAACAUGAGCAUCAUCAUCAUUGCAUUCCCGGGCGCGCCCGAACCCAACGAGGAGGCCGCCAAGCGCGAGGAAAAGCUGGAGGCCACCCUGCGCAAGCGGGUCGACGAGAUCGUCACCGAGAUGGGCACGGCCGUCGAGUACGGGCUGCUGCUGAAGCGGCUCAGCGAGGAACACAUUCCGGACCUGCCGCCGGGCGGUGGCCUCGACGCCAAGUGCUCCUUCGUGUCCAAGGUGUUCAAGGAGCUGUGCCCGAAGCUGGCGGACUCGUGCGAGGUGGGCAGCUAUUGAGGCCGUGGCCGUGGCGGCGGCAGCGGCUCCAGCAGCAGGCAACGGUUCUGGGCGGCCCGCGCAGAUGCCGAAGCGCGGCUUGCCCGGCUCAGACAGGAACAGCGCGAGGAUGAUGAGUUUUUAGCGGAAAUAACCAGAGAUCAUAUUCAUGUAUAGGAGAAGGAGGGAGUGUGAGAGAGAGAGCGAGAGCGAUUGAGCGCGGGAUUCACACAGCUAUUUAAGAGUAUAAUAUUAUUAUUAAAAAGCAGAAAGAAACAAAACAAAACAUAAUCAGAGACAGAGUUUUUAAGUUUAUUUUUGUCAUUCGAGGUUAAGAUUCGGUUUCCAAAUAGUUUUUCGUUGUAUUGAAAGAGAGGGGCGACUCGUUAGAAUCACGGUGUAAAAAGUUUACUAGUACUAAGGAAAGGUUUAGAAAAAAUCUGCAGAAAAAAAAACAUAAUAACAAAAAAAUAAUCAUCCAAUAAAUUUGUAAGGUAAUGUGCAGCAAAAUAAUGUCGGUGUCAAUGGUUAGCAAAGUGCGGAAUGUAGGCAAAAGUCAGUGCGAAGCACUGAGUUGGAUUGCAAGGGGUUAGAAGAGGCAUUUUUGUUGAGGUUUUCCUUUUCGAAAUUUCUACACUAUUGAAUCGAAACGGCGACAAAUUACUUCGUUUGUAUUUUCUCAUACAGUAAAAAAAGAAAAGUUGUGCCAAAUUAGCUGUAGGAGAGCACAAUUGCCAACGCUUUCCACACGUUUAACAUUCAUCUGAAGCUGAUUUUUGUCGGCACUUUUAGUCACAAUCUCGAAAAACUGCCUUUUCUAGUCACUUUCAAGCUAAUUUGGCUUCCGUUCAAAGGGGUUUGAGAUGGAAAUAGAACGGAAAAUAGCUUCAAACAAGCUUAACCGUUUGGCAGAGGUAUAAAAAUAUAGUUAAAGCUCGCCAGCGUUCGAAACAUACUUUGAAAUCAAAAAAGAAACAGUUUGAUUCAAAAUACUUGGAAAGACCCCGUUGAAUAAUGGAUCGUAUCGCAGUUCAGUAUGAAGUGCUAAACUCGAGUUUAGGGUGCAUUUUGGGCAACGUCAUCACGAACUUUACUUUGGAUACAGAUUUUCGUACUGAACUGCUUCUUUACUAGAUUUCAGUGUGAUUUUCAAAAAUCAUAGCUCGAAAUUUCAUCGCGAACACAAGUAUCUGUGUAAGUUUUUGAUAACGGAUGUGAGCAAAUUCAUCCCAAAGUAGAGACUUUGGCUUGAAUUUAAAUUCCCAAUACUGUACGUUUCAUCCCGAACACAGGUAUUCGUCGAAUAAAAGUUCUACUAGAAAACAAUCCGAUCAUACUGGAAUUCACGAUGAAGUACUGUACUCGAAUUCAGCAUAAAUUUUGUGAGAGUUCGUUACGAACUCUACUUUUUCAAUUGUUUUUCGUUUUCAAAUGCGUCUAUACUAGAUUCCAGUGUGAAUUUUGAUUGCCAAAACUAAAAAUUUCAUCACGGAUUCAAGUAUUUCUGAAUCCUUUUAUUUUUGUGAAGAAUGUUUCGAACACGGUGCGAGCGAACAAAUUGGACUUCUUUUGUAACAACGCUUCAAACCACCACGUAGAAACAAUGCCGCCAUAAACCAUUUAGAGAAAAGAAAAAAACAAAACAAAAAACAUACCAUUAGCUUGUUGUUACAUACCAAACUUUACGAAAUAAGUGAACCCAGGGUAAGCAGCAAGAAUAAAAAAAAAAGAAUCAUUCUCACAUAAAACAAUACAACAUUCACAAACGAACACAAAAGACAACAACAAAGAAAAAGGUGAAAAACAAAAACUUGUGUAGACAAAACAGAGCAUGUUAAAUGCUUCAAAACUCGUUGGAUCGUCGUCGGUUAAACAUGGAUUAACCGGUUAAGCUUAACAAAUGGAAAACGGAUUUGACGCGGAUUUGCGUGGCGCAUGUGCGUGUGUGUGUUGGUGGAAAAUUUUAACAACUAGUAGUUGAAAUUAGGAGCGACUCUGAGUGUAUGUGUAGUUAUGGUUUCUUUUCUAAAGUUUGGAGAAUUUUGCCAGAUUGGGCAACGGUUGAGCCACCUUUCAUCGGUUGCAUCAUUAACGAACAUUAAAAGUAAAGAAUUAAGAAAAAUAGGUUUAGUUUUCACUUCGAGUCCUUUUGUUGUUAGGUUUAGUUGGUCAUUUUAGAAUUAGUUCGAUUUACUUAAAAUAAAACAAAAACGUGGCAGAUUUUACUGGCAAACAAAAAUUCCGCUCUUCAUACAUACAUUGAAUUGAAAGGGAGAGAACCGAGAAAAGAGUUGUUUGCUGACUAAAAAGAGAAGAAAAAAUGGGGAAGCUAGUUGGUAGAAUCGUGCGCUUGAGAAUAUCGUCUACACUCCAUAGAGUAAUUUGAGUUUAUAAAAAUAUACCUAUAGUAGCAAGGAAACAGAAAAAAAAAACCUUUUCGAUUUGAACGGAGAGAACACAUCCAAACAAACAAAAAAGAAUGCAUUGAAAACAAGAAAGAAAGAAGUAUGAGGAGACAUUUUUGAUGAUGAAAGCCAUGCUCACGCAAGAAGAAAAUAAACGAGACGAAGUAGAAGACGGGUGGCAGCACGAUACUGAAGGAAAUAAUACGCGAUUAUUGAACAAAACCAUUUCCAAUAUCGAGAAGAAAGAAAGGAAAAAAAAACAAACAAAUAUAUAAGAACCUUGGUAUUUAUUAUUGAAAACCACAAACUUGUAAAUGGACAAACAGAACAAAUAGAGUUGGUGUUUUAUUACUA